GACAAAGAUCUAAUAAGUUGGUAUGUGUGCUCGCUUUACUUCACUCUAACCCAACCCAAAGCCAAUCCCUUUUUCACUCAUCACUCACUCAAUUUCCUUUCUCUCUAAUCACAAUGCCAAUCAACAGAGACCCAUCAACGCCGCCGCCCAUGAUCGGCAAAAUCGGACCUUACACCGUCUUCAUGACCCCACCUGCCACCCCUAAACCGCCGUCGCCGCUUUUUGAAUCCCCUAAAAAGAUGGUUUCUUCGCCUCCGCCGGUGCUUCCUCCGCCUCAACAGAUCGACAAGUCUCUCUCUUCUCACUCUUUACCAAACGGUUCCGUUUCUGGGUUCUUUAAAAAUGCUGUCACCAGAGUUCAAAAUGCUCAUUCGAGCUUAGAUGAGCAUUUGGCACGGUGGUUUGGGUUGAAUCAGUCCAAGUAUCAGUGGGCGUUGGAUGAUUAUUAUGAGACCAAGGAAUUGGGAAAGGAUGAUCCAAAAGCUAAAGACAUUUCAAGCAAAGUACAAACUGUAUAAUAUGGCUGGGCCGUUUGCAAAACACGCGAGGAUGCAUUUUGUAGUACCCUCGUAUACCAUAUAAGUAAUUUAUAGGAGACAACAGUGAUCUCUCCGGAUGUUUAGAAGGGAAUAUUGUCCGAGUAAUUGGAAAUCCGCCUUUCUGCAAUUUGUAACUUAAUGCAGCAGUUAACCAUGUUUGGUUGUGUAUUAGCUAGGCUAAGUUAUGUAGUCUCUUUACGAGUCAAAAUGUUUUUGCACCGGUUUUUCGGUUUGCGUAGUCGAUGAAACUGCUGUCUCAGUAGAGUGCUCCAAGUUGUGGAGAUGUAAUUCUUGCUGUACUAAACUAAAGCAUUGACUUUACUUCAGAGUGAUGCUGCAGAAGUUAAACCAUUUUAGCCAA